AUGAAAAGUAGCAAUAGUAGUAGUAGUAGUAGUAGUAGUAGUAGUAGUAGUAGUAGUAGUAGUAGUAGUAGUAGUAGUAGUAGUAGUAGUAGUAGUAGUAGUAGUAGUAGUAGUAGUAGUAGUAGUAGUAGUAGUAGUAGUAGUAGUAGUAGUAGUAGUAGUAGUAGUAGUAGUAGUAGUAGUAGUAGUAGUAGUAGUAGUAGUAGUAGUAGUAGUAGUAGUAGUAGUAGUAGUAGUAGUAGUAGUAGUAGUAGUAGUAGUAGUAGUAGUAGUAGUAGUAGUAGUAGUAGUAGUAGUAGUAGUAGUAGUAGUAGUAGUAGUAGUAGUAGUAGUAGUAGUAGUAGUAGUAGUAGUAGUAGUAGUAGUAGUAGUAGUAGUAGUAGUAGUAGUAGUAGUAGUAGUAGUAGUAGUAGUAGUAGUAGUAGUAGUAGUAGUAGUAGUAGUAGUAGUAGUAGUAGUAGUAGUAGUAGUAGUAGUAGUAGUAGUAGUAGUAGUAGUAGUAGUAGUAGUAGUAGUAGUAGUAGUAGUAGUAGUAGUAGUAGUAGUAGUAGUAGUAGUAGUAGUAGUAGUAGUAGUAGUAGUAGUAGUAGUAGUAGUAGUAGUAGUAGUAGUAGUAGUAGUAGUAGUAGUAGUAGUAGUAGUAGUAGUAGUAGUAGUAGUAGUAGUAGUAGUAGUAGUAGUAGUAGUAGUAGUAGUAGUAGUAGUAGUAGUAGUAGUAGUAGUAGUAGUAGUAGUAGUAGUAGUAGUAGUAGUAGUAGUAGUAGUAGUAGUAGUAGUAGUAGUAGUAGUAGUAGUAGUAGUAGUAGUAGUAGUAGUAGUAGUAGUAGUAGUAGUAGUAGUAGUAGUAGUAGUAGUAGUAGUAGUAGUAGUAGUAGUAGUAGUAGUAGUAGUAGUAGUAGUAGUAGUAGUAGUAGUAGUAGUAGUAGUAGUAGUAGUAGUAGUAGUAGUAGUAGUAGUAGUAGUAGUAGUAGUAGUAGUAGUAGUAGUAGUAGUAGUAGUAGUAGUAGUAGUAGUAGUAGUAGUAGUAGUAGUAGUAGUAGUAGUAGUAGUAGUAGUAGUAGUAGUAGUAGUAGUAGUAGUAGUAGUAGUAGUAGUAGUAGUAGUAGUAGUAGUAGUAGUAGUAGUAGUAGUAGUAGUAGUAGUAGUAGUAGUAGUAGUAGUAGUAGUAGUAGUAGUAGUAGUAGUAGUAGUAGUAGUAGUAGUAGUAGUAGUAGUAGUAGUAGUAGUAGUAGUAGUAGUAGUAGUAGUAGUAGUAGUAGUAGUAGUAGUAGUAGUAGUAGUAGUAGUAGUAGUAGUAGUAGUAGUAGUAGUAGUAGUAGUAGUAGUAGUAGUAGUAGUAGUAGUAGUAGUAGUAGUAGUAGUAGUAGUAGUAGUAGUAGUAGUAGUAGUAGUAGUAGUAGUAGUAGUAGUAGUAGUAGUAGUAGUAGUAGUAGUAGUAGUAGUAGUAGUAGUAGUAGUAGUAGUAGUAGUAGUAGUAGUAGUAGUAGUAGUAGUAGUAGUAGUAGUAGUAGUAGUAGUAGUAGUAGUAGUAGUAGUAGUAGUAGUAGUAGUAGUAGUAGUAGUAGUAGUAGUAGUAGUAGUAGUAGUAGUAGUAGUAGUAGUAGUAGUAGUAGUAGUAGUAGUAGUAGUAGUAGUAGUAGUAGUAGUAGUAGUAGUAGUAGUAGUAGUAGUAGUAGUAGUAGUAGUAGUAGUAGUAGUAGUAGUAGUAGUAGUAGUAGUAGUAGUAGUAGUAGUAGUAGUAGUAGUAGUAGUAGUAGUAGUAGUAGUAGUAGUAGUAGUAGUAGUAGUAGUAGUAGUAGUAGUAGUAGUAGUAGUAGUAGUAGUAGUAGUAGUAGUAGUAGUAGUAGUAGUAGUAGUAGUAGUAGUAGUAGUAGUAGUAGUAGUAGUAGUAGUAGUAGUAGUAGUAGUAGUAGUAGUAGUAGUAGUAGUAGUAGUAGUAGUAGUAGUAGUAGUAGUAGUAGUAGUAGUAGUAGUAGUAGUAGUAGUAGUAGUAGUAGUAGUAGUAGUAGUAGUAGUAGUAGUAGUAGUAGUAGUAGUAGUAGUAGUAGUAGUAGUAGUAGUAGUAGUAGUAGUAGUAGUAGUAGUAGUAGUAGUAGUAGUAGUAGUAGUAGUAGUAGUAGUAGUAGUAGUAGUAGUAGUAGUAGUAGUAGUAGUAGUAGUAGUAGUAGUAGUAGUAGUAGUAGUAGUAGUAGUAGUAGUAGUAGUAGUAGUAGUAGUAGUAGUAGUAGUAGUAGUAGUAGUAGUAGUAGUAGUAGUAGUAGUAGUAGUAGUAGUAGUAGUAGUAGUAGUAGUAGUAGUAGUAGUAGUAGUAGUAGUAGUAGUAGUAGUAGUAGUAGUAGUAGUAGUAGUAGUAGUAGUAGUAGUAGUAGUAGUAGUAGUAGUAGUAGUAGUAGUAGUAGUAGUAGUAGUAGUAGUAGUAGUAGUAGUAGUAGUAGUAGUAGUAGUAGUAGUAGUAGUAGUAGUAGUAGUAGUAGUAGUAGUAGUAGUAGUAGUAGUAGUAGUAGUAGUAGUAGUAGUAGUAGUAGUAGUAGUAGUAGUAGUAGUAAGUAUAGUAGUAGUAGUAGUAGUAGUAGUAGUAGUAGUAGUAGUAGUAGUAGUAGUAGUAGUAGUAGUAGUAGUAGUAGUAGUAGUAGUAGUAGUAGUAGUAGUAGUAGUAGUAGUAGUAGUAGUAGUAGUAGUAGUAGUAGUAGUAGUAGUAGUAGUAGUAGUAGUAGUAGUAGUAGUAGUAGUAGUAGUAGUAGUAGUAGUAGUAGUAGUAGUAGUAGUAGUAGUAGUAGUAGUAGUAGUAGUAGUAGUAGUAGUAGUAGUAGUAGUAGUAGUAGUAGUAGUAGUAGUAGUAGUAGUAGUAGUAGUAGUAGUAGUAGUAGUAGUAGUAGUAGUAGUAGUAGUAGUAGUAGUAGUAGUAGUAGUAGUAGUAGUAGUAGUAGUAGUAGUAGUAGUAGUAGUAGUAGUAGUAGUAGUAGUAGUAGUAGUAGUAGUAGUAGUAGUAGUAGUAGUAGUAGUAGUAGUAGUAGUAGUAGUAGUAGUAGUAGUAGUAGUAGUAGUAGUAGUAGUAGUAGUAGUAGUAGUAGUAGUAGUAGUAGUAGUAGUAGUAGUAGUAGUAGUAGUAGUAGUAGUAGUAGUAGUAGUAGUAGUAGUAGUAGUAGUAGUAGUAGUAGUAGUAGUAGUAGUAGUAGUAGUAGUAGUAGUAGUAGUAGUAGUAGUAGUAGUAGUAGUAGUAGUAGUAGUAGUAGUAGUAGUAGUAGUAGUAGUAGUAGUAGUAGUAGUAGUAGUAGUAGUAGUAGUAGUAGUAGUAGUAGUAGUAGUAGUAGUAGUAGUAGUAGUAGUAGUAGUAGUAGUAGUAGUAGUAGUAGUAGUAGUAGUAGUAGUAGUAGUAGUAGUAGUAGUAGUAGUAGUAGUAGUAGUAGUAGUAGUAGUAGUAGUAGUAGUAGUAGUAGUAGUAGUAGUAGUAGUAGUAGUAGUAGUAGUAGUAGUAGUAGUAGUAGUAGUAGUAGUAGUAGUAGUAGUAGUAACGAUUAUGAUUCAUGA